GCCGAGCCUGGGACUAGCCAGGACCGCGGCGGCGGGAUUGGGAUCGCGCAGCGGUUGGCGGUGGGCGGCUGAGCCAGGCGGGCUACGGCCGGAGCAGGACAGAAUCCACUGCACUUUGGCCCAUCCAUCCUGUGAGGAGGCCCAAGGCUCCAGCUCAUCCAGCCAGUGGUUGCCGCGCAUCUGUUGUGCCAGGCCUCGCGUGACCGAGUGCCGUCAUGCACCUCCAGCUGCGUGGUCAGGCCCCGUAGCGCGGGUGUGUGCACCCAUGCGUGACCUGGGCCCUCGGUGACCACGGCGACCCCAGCCACCACCAUGAUGAAGUUGUUAGUGGCCAAGAUCCUUUGCAUGGUGGGCGUGUUCUUCUUCAUGCUGCUGGGCUCCCUGCUCCCCGUGAAGGUCAUCGAGACGGACUUUGAGAAGGCCCAUCGCUCCAAAAAGAUUCUUUCCCUCUGCAACACCUUUGGAGGCGGAGUCUUUCUGGCCACGUGCUUCAAUGCGCUGCUGCCUGCUGUGCGGGAAAAGCUGCAGAGGGUGCUGAGUCUCGGGCACAUCAGCACUGACUACCCGCUGGCCGAGACCCUCCUGCUGCUGGGCUUCUUCCUGACCGUGUUCCUGGAGCAGCUGGUGCUGACCUUUCGUAAGGAGAAGCCGUCCUUCAUCGACCUGGAGACCUUCAAUGCGGGCUCCGACGUGGGCAGCGACUCCGAGUACGAGAGCCCCUUCAUGGGGGGCGCGCGCGGCCACGCCCACGGCGCCGGCCUGAGCGUGCGCGAGCUGUCGCGCUCCGGGCCGCUGCGCCUGCUCAGCCUGGCCUUCGCCCUGGCCGCCCACUCCAUCUUCGAGGGCCUGGCGCUCGGCCUGCAGGAGGAGGGGGAGAAGGUGGUGAGCCUGUUCGUGGGCGUGGCUGUCCACGAGACGCUGGUGGCAGUGGCCCUGGGCAUCAGCAUGGCCAGGAGUGCCAUGCCCCUGAGGGAUGCAGCCAAGCUGGCGGUCGCCGUGAGCAUCAUGAUCCCCCUGGGCAUCAGCAUCGGCCUGGGCAUCGAGAGCGCUCGGGGUGUUCCCAGCAGCGUGGCCUCAGUGCUGCUGCAAGGCCUGGCAGGUGGCACCUUCCUAUUCGUCACCUUCUUGGAGAUCCUGGCUAGGGAGCUGGAGGACAGGAAUGACCGCCUGCUCAAGGUCCUCUUCCUGGUGCUGGGCUAUGCCGUCCUGGCUGGGAUGGUCUUCCUCAAGUGGUGAGUGCCCUCCUGGUUGCUGCCUUGUGAGCCCUGGAGCCCCAGGCUGGACGUGGGCUGGGACCUGCCGCUUCCUGGAGAGGGAGCGCCGUGAGCCCCGGCCUUCACCCAGGAGGACCCCCGGACCAGGCCGGGCCCAGCCCUGCGCCCCUGCCCGCACCCCAGCCCCAGAGCACUGAUCCUCUUUAAAACACUCUGACGUACUC